AGUUCAGGAUAUAAACCUAGUGAAGCAGAGUUCUAUGAACCAGGAAUCGUCCCUUCCGAGUAUUCACAGGAUGACCACGCAGACACCGAUUCAGGAGAAAAAGUCUGAAGAAAGUUUAGAUAGUUAUGUUAGACCGUCUAUUAGUAUAAAUAAAGCCAAGACCAUUUCUGUUGAUGAGAAUUUUAAAGAUGAGCAAGAGGGACAGCCUGGCGGUGAUGAUAAAUUUCUUGAUGCGACUGAUGCUAAGAUACAAGCUAAUAGUGUCCCUUUGAACCAAAAUGAAAGUUCAGUGGAAGAAAGAAAGAAAGUAGACAUCAGCCAGAGUAAUUCAGAAGAAAAUAGUGAAAAUUAUGAUAAUAUUGAUGAGCUGGAUGAAGCAGGUGCUGAAUUUGCCCAUCUCUCCUUCCUUCAACUUAUAAUGGAGAAAUCAAAGUCAAGUACCAAAAAUAAUCAAGCUGAUCCUUUCAUGCCAAGAGAUCUUGGCUUGAGAAGUUCAUCUUCAUCGUCAUCCAGUUCUAGUAGUCCAUCACCGAGAAGCCCUCAAAAAGAGCUCCGAAAAUCGCAAGAUGGUUCUUGUCUUUCAUUCAAUGGGUAUUAUCCCAAAGAUAAAGAGGAGCCAAUCGAUUUAGCUAAUAAAUCAGCUAGCUUGGGAAUAUCGAAUAAUAACAAUAAUGAGAAUGAAAAAGAAAAUAAUGAAUCUUCUCAGGCAAGGAAGAGUUUCUUCAAGCAAAAUACUCAGGUUAACCCAGAUAUUGACAAAAUUUUAGUCAAUGAUUUAAUAGAUAAUGAAACCACAACUCCGAAAAUGGUAAACUCUUUUAACCACAAGCCUGAGGAAGACCAUUGGAAGCUCUGAAUUUUUGAACUCGGCAAGAGUCAAUACCACGUCUUUAAAAAUAAAAUGAUUGCAAACUAUGAUCUCCCUAUUAUUCCAGAGGAUGAAACUUUGAUCUUAUGAGUAAAUUUUUCCCAAAAGGAGCUAAAGAGUUUGUUAAGAGAGAGACUUCAGAUUAAUCCCAUACUCUAUUCAGAAUGCAUGCUCCUCUCCCAAGUUGAUAAGAUCUUGGAAUUCAAUGACAGAGCUAUCUUCUACAACAUGGUCAUCACCAGAGAAUAUUAUGACGAUGAUCCUAUAAUCGUCAGGGUGGUGAGAGUCAACAAUGUUGCUGUUAUCAUAGUGAAUGAACUUGAAAAUGACUCAUUUAAGAUCUCAGAGAACUUGCCAAAGAAAUUCAAACUCAAACAAGCCCAAAAUGCAUUUAACUCUCUUAGGGCGGAUUAUAAUAAUAUAUUAGGAAAUCAGAAUGAUAAAGAUCUUCCUGGAAGUAAUGACUCUUCACUCUCCCAAGAUGAGCCUCAACAGAUUGUCCAAAAAGGAGAAGUAGGAAAUGUCAUUAUCCAGAGAAUGAAGACAAUAAUACCUAACAGUGAAAAAGUCACUAUUGAUUCGAUCAUCUUCUGGAUAUCUAACGAAGGUCUCAAGAGAAUUGAGAAGUUGAUCAAUGAAGAUCUCCUAAGAGAGGUAAACAGUAUCCAAGAUCAGAGUAGAAAUCUCGGAAUUGACAGCAAGCUUGAGUUUCUUCAGAAAUUAGACAUAUUCCAAAACCAUUACAUCGGAGCCAAGAAUGCUCAAGAGUCCAAAUAAGUGAUAUUUUGAAGAAAUUAUCAAAUCAGAGCUACCAAGCCUUGAAUUCAGAUAUUUGAUCAGACACUUAAAAAGUAGAAUGGGAAAUCUAAACCACACCGCUUUUAUAAUAGAGAGAAGGCUAGAACUUGCUAGGAACAGGUUCGCAGCUUCCAUUGAUGCAAGCAUUAGUAACUAUUCAAGAGAUUUAGACUCACUUAUGAAGAAAUUUGCAGUUAUUGCAACAAUUUUCCUCCCACUGCAGUUAGUCUCAGGAAUGCUAGGGAUGAAUCUAAAGGUACCCUUCCAAACUACUGAUAGCACUUGGCCGUUCUGGGCCCUGACAGGAGUCAUGACACUGUUAGUACUUGGCUUCUGGAUCCUGUUUAAAAGGUGGAAGUACCUCUAA